AUGCGGGUUUUCAAGAACCACGCCGACCGCGCGGUCUUCUUCAACAGCGUGCCGCCCAACCAGGGGGAGGCGGAAGUCGCGGCGCUGCUGGGCCGCUUCGGCCGGGUCGAGAUAAUCCGCCUCUACCGCGACGACAGCGGGGCCCUGCUCAAGAAGGGGUACGGCGCCGCGGUCAUGGCGACCCCCGAGGCGGCCGCCGCCGCCGUCGCGGGCCUGCACGGGCGCGAGGUCCAGUGGGGGGACCACGGCGCGCGGCAGCGCAUCUACGUGCGGACCUACGAGCCCGCCCGCGCGGGGUUCAGCAGCGCCGGCGGCGGCGCGCCCGCGCGGCGGGGCGGGCCCCGAGGCGCCGGCGAGGCCGCCCUGCUAGGUGGGACGACCAGUGACGUCACCAGCGCGUCUCCUUUGGGGCCCCGCAGCAGGGCGGAGGCCGGGCAGCACGCGCACGAGAGCGCGGCCGCGUUCCGCCGCGGCGACCAGGUCAUGGCGUACGCGGCCGCCUGGGCCGGCACAGCCCCGCCCUGCAGCGAACACGCCCGGCCCGCCGCACCCGAUGCGGCGACAGACUGCGAGCUUUCUGCCGCCGCCCUGCCCCAUGGCGCUGCGGGCGGCGGCUGGCCGGGCACCCAGGGCGCGGGCCCCGCCGCUGCCGUCGCCGCCGCCGCCGCCGCCGCUGCUGCCGCCGCCAGCAGCUUCCACGCGAAUGCGUCGCAGCCGCGCGCGCGGCAGUGCCUCCCGCAACACGCACACGCACACGUGCCUGCGCCGCUGGCGCAGUGGUGGAAUGGCCUCGCUGCCAGCGGCGCAGCUGCACCUACGGAUGGCAACACGCUUGUCGCCGGCAACGGCGGCUGGGAGCCGGCGCCGAAACCCUCGUUUGCAGGCGCGCACCGCAGCGGUGGCCUGCCACACGGCCCGGCGGCGGAGCGUGUUUGGCGAGCGGCGGCGCCCUCCAACUUUGCGCCCGCCGGCCCCGCCAGCGCAGACUCAUGUGCCAAUCUGCCUGGGAGCCUGCCGUCGUGGCUCUUCUGA